ACCGGCGUUGACAGUUGUCAUCGUCGAAUCGCCGCGGAGUGGAUUCGGUGUCGGUGAGUGUUUCUGCCACUGAGACACGUCGACAGUCGUAAGUUAGUGGAGUUUUCCUGUGUUUUCAAUCAUUCCAUGUAUCUCGCGUCCUCGCAAGGGCACAAGAGUAAAAUAAAAUUGCAAAUCGAAUAAACGACGAAACAAUGCGAGUGACCAACAUUCGCCGCGGUCGAAUUUUCCGUAUCUUCAUUUGCAUUUUGAUAGCCAUUCCAGUUGUGUAUUUGCUGGCCACCUGGUCCGAUGGCCACAAGAAGGUACGCGAAGUAUAUCAGUCGAAGUUCGCAGCGCGCAGUGCAAGGGAGGCGCCUAGGCUUGUGGAGGGUCUCGGUAACUUCGAACCCCGAAAUCAGCCACAACGCGAAGGCCCUGGGGAAUAUGGAGAACCAUAUCAUCUACCACCAGAAAAGAAAAACGAAGCAGAUGCUUCAGAGAUGGAGUAUGGCAUGAACAUCGCUUGCUCAAAUGCAAUCUCCCUCGAUCGUGCUAUCAAAGACACUCGCCUGGAAGAGUGCCAACACUGGGACUAUCCAUACGACUUGCCAACAACAAGCGUUAUAAUCGUAUUCCACAACGAAGGCUGGUCGGUGCUGAUGCGCACUGUACAUUCCGUGAUUAAUCGCUCGCCAAAACAUAUGCUCCACGAAAUUCUACUUGUCGACGAUUUUUCAGAUAAAGAGGACUUACAGGACAAAUUGGAAAGCUACAUUAAACGAUUCAAUGGAAAAGUUCGAUUGAUUCGAAAUUCAGAACGGGAAGGGUUGAUCCGAACACGAUCGCGAGGUGCUAAAGAAGCGACUGGUGAAGUGAUCGUUUUUCUAGAUGCACAUUGUGAAGUGAACACGAAUUGGUUACCUCCAUUAUUAGCUCCAAUUUAUCGCGACCGCACUGUAAUGACUGUUCCUGUUAUCGAUGGAAUCGAUCAUAAGACUUUCGAGUAUCGACCAGUAUAUGCUGAUGGCCAUCAUUAUCGCGGUAUAUUUGAAUGGGGUAUGCUAUACAAGGAAAAUGAGGUGCCGAAGAGGGAACAGAAACGUCGUGCUCAUAACAGCGAGCCUUACAAGAGUCCAACACAUGCUGGCGGUCUGUUCGCCAUGAACAGAGAAUAUUUCUUGGAACUUGGAGCCUAUGAUCCGGGCCUUUUAGUUUGGGGAGGAGAGAAUUUCGAAUUAAGUUUUAAAAUUUGGCAAUGUGGUGGCAGCAUAGAAUGGGUGCCAUGUUCUCGAGUUGGACAUGUUUACCGCGGAUUCAUGCCUUACAACUUUGGAAAAUUGGGAGCUAAGAAGAAAGGACCUCUGAUUACGAUCAACUACAAACGAGUGAUAGAGACUUGGUUUGAUGAUAAAUACAAAGAGUAUUUCUACACCCGCGAGCCACUAGCUAGGUAUUACGAUAUGGGCGACAUUAGCGAGCAGUUGGCCCUGAAAAAGAAACUCCAAUGUAAGAGCUUCCAAUGGUUCAUGGACAACGUGGCCUACGAUGUUUUCGAUAAAUUCCCUCCGUUACCGGCCAACCUACAUUGGGGAGAACUUCGUUCGGUAGCAGUAGAAACAUGUUUGGAUGCAAUGGGACAUCAACCACCUUCUAUAAUAGGACUUCAGCACUGCCAUGGUCGUGGAAACAACCAACUAAUUCGCCUGAAUGCAGCUGGCCAACUGGGUGUCGGCGAGCGUUGCAUAGAAGCCGAUCGACAGGGCAUCAAAUUAGCCUUCUGCCGACUAGGGACGGUAGACGGUCCCUGGCAGUACGACGAGGAGACGAAGCACCUGUUGCAUCGCGUCUACCAGAAAUGCAUGUCGCUGAAUCCACAAUCUCUUCAAUUGUCACUGAGCCCGUGCGACGUAAACAAUGCAUAUCAACAGUGGAAGUUCAAAACACUGCGACCCUAGGUGGUAGUUGGAAAUUAUUUUUAGUGUGUAACAAAGACUAAUUUAUAGGUACGAUGUAAAAUUUGUAAAAGGAAGAGAAACAUAUUUCCAUUUGCUCCGUCCAAUGUUCUGCUAAGCAGGAAACCGGAAUCAUUAAUCAUAGAAAAUUACUCAUGUGAUCUAAAUUCAACAAAUUGUAUUUCGGUUUGUGACACUUUUAAUGCGUAUUAUUGUAGUGGGCUUCGGUUAUAAGAAAAAUGUCUGAUUUUAAAACGCACUAUCUAUCUUAUCUGUAAGCUAUAAUUUUGGUAUCUUUUAAUUAACAAAGUUCGUUCUACUCAAAAGAAAAACAAUCAAGUGAAAAAGUGAACAAGUUAGUUGCAAAGGGUGGAAUUGUCUCUGCCAAUGUUUCAAGUAAAUGUUUUCGCUAUGAAUCUCAUGAUUAAGGCAAAAAGUUCAAAUACAUUUUGAUGACAACGAGAUUGGUCUAAUUUUUGUACGUAAACCGCAGACUCCAUUUUAGGAAAUAGUUAAUCUGUACGUCGCAAAUGGAAUGAUUUACUUUCCACGCUGAGUGGGAGGAGUUUCAGUGGACGUUUGUAUAAGAUCACGAAUGUUUGGUUUCGAACUUUCCUAAGUAAUUUUAGCACAUGUUUGAUAGUAAGAAAUGUAUAUCAUCUGAAUUUUAAUAUUGAAUAUAUGAGAUUUUGAAGGAA